AUGGAGGGAGCGCGGCAGAGGCCCGAAGAACUGAUCAAUAGCUAUGCGAAAGCUGGGGUGGGCGUCCGGAAGAUCGCAAACGCAAUCGGGUUCUUGGCGUUGCUGUGGUCCACCGUUGUGCUCCUCGGCGGCUUCGUUAGCGUCCUAACCAUCAAGGAUUUCUGGUCUCUCUCGGUGCUGAGCCUUCUAAUGGCAUCCAAGAUGCUGGAAUUUAUUGAUACCAACAACGGUGGAAUUUUCAUGGCAGAGAAGCACAUAUUACGUUUGAGCAAGGGACUAGAUCAACUUGAAGAAGCAAACCGAGCUACACAUCGGAUAAUUUUAUUCACUCUAUCCACAAUGAAAGUCGUGAAGCAAAUUUCCAUAAUCAUUUUAUUGUGCAUCUUUGGGUUUCCGUGGCAACUGAGCAUAGGACUCUCAGUCGCACGUCUUGUCCAACGGGAUUACGGCAACGCGGGUGAAGAUGCUGCAAACAAAGCAAAACUGAAUGCGGCACUGAUCGUCUUCUAUGUUCUCGUUAUCUUUCAUGGUUUAUCUGUGGGUUACUGGACAUUUCUUCAAGUUUUUGAGCCAUGGAUGUUGAUGAGCAAACAAUUUGGAUUUGGAGUUUGGGGUCCCAAAAUUGUUAAGAGAUACAAGACAGAAACUAGAGUCAAGUGUCAUAAGGAUGGGAUUUUGCCCAACAACUGGAACUUGAUCACAUUCAGUGUUGAGUUGCUGGAGUCUGCAUCUUCGGAUGACCGUCUAUGGGGAGCAAGGGUGCUCGAUACUUUCAUUGGGAAAGGUAUAUCUAUAAGACAAGAGCUACUAUCUUCCAGCCAAGCCAUUCAGAAUCUGGCCAACAUGAUUAUUGGUUCCACAAGAACAGAUGACCCUGAGAUCAGAGAGCGUGGCGCAAGGAUUGUAGCGGAUCUGGCCAGAGAGCUCCGUAUAAACCAAUUUCCAGAUGUACUACGAUGCAUAUGCUGCCUACUUGAAAGCUGCAAACCAUAUAAUAACCCACAAGUCACCAAUCCAUUGGCUAAGCAAACGCUUGAUGAAACAUCCGACAAUGUGUCAGCAGAAACCUUGGAGCGUAGUCACCAUCAAGAAGAUGCCCACUUGUCAUUGGAGAUCACCAAUCAAGCUGAGCAUAAUAAAGUUGUCAAUCUAGCAUCAGACAAGGUGCCCAAGAGAAGAUCAUGUAUCCAGAUAAUGCGCAUUCGAAUGAAGACAACAAGCUUUAAGGAAGCGCGCGAAUGGGAUAGAUAUUUUGGAGAUGAGUACCACUACUCCUAUGUAUCUAAAGGCACCAAAGAGCUGAUCUCUCAGGGCCUGGUGAUUCUUGAGAGGCUCACACAAGACGAAGAAAACUGUAUAGAGAUAGUCAGACACCAAAGGCUGGUCUCUAGGAUCACAUUACCAUUGAGCUACCAUGACUUCCUCUGCAACGGAUGCGACCACACAUGGGCUGACAAAUCACUCACAAUGGUCAGCAGGCUUAUCAGUGCUAAACCUGCUGACGACACCACAAGGCUGCGCUGUGAUAUGUCGGCCAGCGCAGUGACUAUCCGCAACUUGAUGCGUAUUUUGGAGGUUGAAGUUGGUGCCUCAGAACUGCACGAACAGGCAAUAGACAUUCUUACGGAGCUAGCCUUUGAUGAUUCUUUCAGAAAACUAGCUUUCGAUGAAUCCACAAGCAUGACAGAAAUGCUCAGCAACAUGCUACGACGCAUCUUCCUUGAAGAAAGCAAUGCUACAGUGGCAAAAGAGGACGAAGAGAAAGACAUGAGAGUGAGGAGAAAAGCAGGGGAAGCACUGGCCAGAUUGCUUAUUCGGGUCACAAGUGCAAGAGAUAACACUGAUGCAGUUACUAGUGUAACAAAUGUUAAUGCUGGUGAUCUACUUCCCAAGCAAGACGUGAUCAAUCUGUUGAGCAAGGUUGUUGAUAAAAUAUUAUCUACUAAAGUAGAAAAGGAUGCAGAUGUGGUGACACUGGCUGGUUCAAGCAAUAGCUGUCAUGUAGAAAUGGUUGUAGAAAGUCAGCCUCCAAAUGGUGCUGACACAAGCGAGUCCUCCACGCAGCCUGAGGAAGGAAAAAUGUUGGCGGCCCUGCUAAACCUUGCCGUGGCGAUAUGCACCGAACAUGUGAUCAGUGGAGAUGAGUUUACUCGUGCCGUCCCUGACAAAGCAGCACUCGUAAUGAAGCUCAAGGAGAUAGUACGAAUGGACAAGGGUGCCACAAGUGACGGCUGGAGAAUUCAGAAGUUUGUCUGUCAGCUGGUUAUAGCAAUGGUUCAGCUCAAGCCAAGCUGCAUCAGAGAGUUCAACGAACGUAACUUCAAGGAGACACUAUCCAAGGCUCUCGAGACCAUGUCGGAUGUCGACAACUGCAUGAUGUUUGCUGGCGAUGAUCGCGAGGUGCUUUUCAGGUCUCUCGCUUCUCUGGUGAAAGAGGCGCAUAAGCUCUUGGCACAAGAGCUGGGUGGCAUCCCUGUCUGA